AACUCCACAGCUUCAUAAUGUUCCCAUCUGUUGUCUUCUGCUUAUAACAAUACUAGGUAUCUCAUCCUGGUUAUACCCAGCCUGACAUUUUCUGUCGAGUUUCGACAGCGAAUAUGGCGGCGCCUCACAGCUCUAAACGUUCCUUUACCGGUCAUCAUGUUUUAUUACCCGCGUCAGAGCAGGACAAUCAUGUCCUUAUACCCUUGGUGCCCACCCGCACUCUUAUGUCUUGGACCUUCGGUCGUGGAACAGUGAUAUACAGAAUUUGGCCUGCCGUCCUGUUGCAUACCCUUUUUGCUGCUGGUGUUGUGUAUCUAAGUCUGGAAACAAAGUAUAAUUUAGCUUUGCCUCCAGUCCUGCUCACUGUGCUUGGUCUCGUCAUCGGUUUCGUGAUAUCAUAUCGCGCCUCGAGUGGUUACGACCGCUAUUGGAUGGGACGGAGCUCGUGGUCCGAUGUUACAUGCACAGCACGAUCGUUCUCUCGCUUAAUCUGGUUUCACGUCCCUCCCCGACUUACCUCCAAAUCCUUAGAAGAAUUAGGCACAGAGGCAUCUGCCGAGGAGAUACUUACUGUCAUGACCGAAAAGAGGUUCGCACUUGACUUGGUCGAAGCUUUUGUCGUCGCAUUGAAGCAUCAUCUCCGAGGCGAAGUCGGGAUCUACUACGAAGACUUAUACCCUCUGGUCCAUCAACUCCACGGUCAUCAUGCACCUCAUCCUAAAGAUCCCGCCGUAAUUAAAUCGCCAACAUUACAACCUCCCUCAGAUGCUACAGUGUCUAGCAGCUCUACUUCUCGUCUGCUUUCAAAACGUGGUCCCACUAACCCCACUAACGACAUUGAGGAGCCCAGUAUAGUUCCCAUCAAUGCAUAUGGUACCUUUGGCCGCUCCGAAACUAGUUUCAGCACUCGUUCGCGCACCUUAGUUCGCCGACCCUCAAUACUUUCUUUUACGUCCUCGCAUGGCGACCACCAUACGAUCUUACCAUCUAACUUACAUGCCAAGGCCACAUUAUUUUCAAGCAUAUCUGCGGAACUUAUACCUUUUGAAAGUUUCUUUAGUUCCAUCGAGCGGUGGAUCAAGAGGAUAUUUGGUUUGAAAAGCUCAGACCGCCGUACUCACGCAAAACACCGCCCUCGAGUAGCAGGCGGUGGGGAGAAUCUCCCGCUAGAAAUUCUUCGAUGCUUGAGCGACUGGUGCGCCGUUUUGGAAGAGAGACAAACCGCUGGAUCCAGCUUGGGAGGAAUGCAUGGUUGCAUCUCUAGUUUUGAAAGUAGUUUAUCAGCCUUGGAAAAAAUUCUGACCACACCAUUGCCUUUGGUCUUUUCGGUUCAUAUUAAACAUACUGUCUGGAUCUACUUAUUUUUCCUUCCUUUCCAGCUUGUGGACCAAUUUAGAUGGCACACUAUAGCUGGUGUGCUCGUUGCAGCGUUCAUAUAUCUCGGUCUCGUAGCUGCAGGUGAAGAGAUAGAACAACCGUUCGGUUAUGAUGACAACGAUCUCGACCUCGAUCUGUUCUGCCGUGAAAUUAUUCACGCGGAUAUCGAGCUUCUCAAAGCGACCUCCUGCAACAACUCCCAUGUCGACUCUCAGUUCACACGCACAAACGGCAUGAUUUCCAUCGUCGCUGCCAGAGAGAGGGUGCAUGUUGACUGAAGUAUGUAUGUACCGGCCAGAAUUAUAGGCUAUACAGCGCAGGCUACAAUAACGCUUGCUUUGAAUGCGCGAUCAGCCACAUUUUACCUGAAUGGAAAGCCAACUCAACCACUUA